CUAUCUCUGCAGCAGAGCUCUGGUUUCUGCAGGUACAGGUGAAUCUGGUGGAAGAACCAUGUCUGUAACCAGAAAGGAACUGGAGGACGCCUUGAGGUGCUACGUCACAGACAUUCUUACCGACAUCCAGACAGUCAGAGAUUUCUGUGAGAAGUUUUCCAAAUGGAUGCUGUGGAGGGAAACUGAACUGGAAAGGAUAAGGGACAUCAAAAAGAGGGCUGAUGAUGUCAGCAAUUGUGCUAAAUCAGAGGGGAAAGGUCAAGCCUUUAAGAAGUAUGUGAAGAACAUGUUCACCAAGACAGGCAAACUGUAUUCAGAGCUGCAGAAGGAGCUGGAGGAGGUGCUGAUGGACACUCUUGGAGGUUUGGAGACACUCCAGUGCUUCCUGGACGCCAUAGAGAAGCUGGCGGUCAGCUCUGUGCACGUGUUCAUGGAGAACCAGGUGAUCCAGCUUCCUGAAAGCAUCGGCUUUGAUUACGUUCAGGUCGUCAUCAACACUGCAAAACUCAUCUGCCCUCUCCUGCUGGAGUUUAAAAGAGAUGCGAGCGUUUUCUUCCUUCCCAAAAUGCAAAACGCUGAGGUGCUGGCAUAUCAGCUGGACAGAUACAUCCAGACCACAAAGAAGAUGUGUGAGAAGAUGGAGAAAAGCUGUCUGAAUGAUGGCUGCCUGACGGAGACAGAAGUUGUGGUGAAGCUGGAUGUGGAUUUGUCUGAAUUUAACAUGCAGAGGAUGCUGGACCACAUCAACCAGCUUAAAGACAUACGGAUGGACCUGGACUUCCGGAUGGUGUUCUUGUUCCAGGAAGAAUCUGGUUCCAGCUUCAUGAAGGAGUUUAGUGAGCGUCAGCCCAGGAUGCUGCAGUUUCUUAAGGAGUUGGAGGAAAAUGCUGUUCAGCUGGACAGGAUGAACAAAGGUGCAAAGAUCUCCAGUGUUGCUGGCAGCUCGGUGGGGGCAGUUGGAGGUGUGCUGUCCAUUGUUGGUUUGGCGUUGAUACCUGUGACAGCAGGAGUGUCCUUAGCACUCACCAUGGCAGGCGUAGGGAUGGGCGUCACCAGUGGAGUCAACAGUAUCGUCACCACGGCCACUGAGUUGGGGGUCAACCGAACGCACCAGAAGAAAGCCAGUGAAGUCUUCCAGAGCUUCAUGGAGGAUGUGACCAAAGUACAGGACUGUCUGGAGGAGGUGAGCAAACAAGCCAUCUCCCAACUUGAAGCUGGUAGCAUAGAAUUAGCUGUGGGAGUCGGAAAACUGGCUUUCAAAGCUGGAGGUGUCUGUAAAAGCAUUGAUGGAAUUGUUGAUUUAGCUUCUAUAGCGAAGCUGUUAAAAAGUGAGGAGUUGGUUUCAAGUGCAAGUAAAGCGGUGGCUCAGGAAGCAGCAGCUCUCCGUAGCGUUUCCAGAGUGGCUUCAGACGUCCCUGACAUCGGUCAGGCAGCUGUUAAAAGCUCUCUUGUUUUAUCCCAGUCGGCCAGAGCCGGCUUAAUCGCGGUCAACGCCCUCUUCCUUGGCCUGGACGUCUUCUUUAUCUGUAAAGACAGCAUCAGCCUGGCCAAAGGCAGCAAGACGGAGGUGUCACAAUUUGUCAGAGCCAGAGCUGCUCUGUGGAGCUCAGAGAUGGACUCCUGGAAGAAAAUCCACGACUCGCUGUGUGACGGCCAGCAGACAUCAGGGAAGAAGGAAGCUCUUCUGGAGACGCCAUUUUACCUCAACACUGAUGUGUAAAUCAAAUUAAUUGGUUUCAAUUUGGUUCACAUUGCAUUUCUUGAUGCUUGAUUAGGAGAGAAAAAAGUUAGAUAAAAAAUCUUUUGUUUGUAGAUCUGGGAUCACUGCACUGCAAAUGGUGAAAAAGAUCAUCUGUAAAAGUUUCUGUGAAGAAGAUUUUAAAUCCGAUCCUUCAGCAUGUAGGCUGAUUUUUACUGGUCCAUUGUGUUGAGAUAAAAAAAGAAACAUACAUUAAUCAAUAUGAACGUUUACAUCGCCUCCAUCUCGUCUGUGUCUGAAGUUCGGCCCUCUGCAACACAACACAGGCUUUACACAGGAGUUCUAUUGCCACUCGUCUAUUUCAUGGUCAUGGUCAAAGCCGGAGAAACAGGACACAGGAGCCUGCUUCAAAAUAAAAACUUCUGUUGUACCUUCAAAAUAAAAUGUUAUGUUCUUUUUAUGGUAGCAUGCCCACACAAUUACGCAUGCUAACACAGCAGAUAACACCGUGUCCAUUAUCACCAUGGACAACAAAAGUUUAGUUUUGAAAGUCCAAAACAUAGCAUUCAUGACACAAAACAUUCAUUUUACAAGGACUCAGUGAGGAAGGAGAGGACGUGGGUCCUGUUUGCAAAAGUUCAUGUUGAUGACACGGGGAUAGCAGGACAAAUUAAUCUAUCGGGAGCCGGGGGAGGGUGUGGGGCUCAGAUCGAUGACGCAAUGGAGACAAUGUCAAUUAAACAGAGGGUCUUGAGACGGAGGAAACCUCAAGCCUCAACUCCUUGUCCUGACUUUGAGCUGGAAUUUGAAAACAUAUUUAUUUGAAACUAAAUUACUUUCUUUAUGUGUUCAUCAACCCAGAUUGUGAUUCCUAUUCUUAGGUCAUUUUAUGUUUCAUUAAGUUUUUUAUGGGCGGGAAAGUUAGGUUGAGUUUUGUGUUUUAUUAACUUUCUAUUUUAGCAUGAAAGUUUUUGUUGUGGUUUUGGUUUUAAAGGUUUAAAUACAUUUUCUGUUAUGCCUUUUAAUGUACUAAAAGGCUUUAUGAAUAAAGUUUGAUUUAUUUUGAUUGUCUCUUUAAUGAGUCUGCAGCCAUGUGUUUAAGUGUGUUUAAGAUAAUCCUGAUUAUCUUAAACACAUGGAUGAGAAACAAAGAGGACACAAAUCCUCCUCAGAUGGAUUUGGUGCCAUCUGCUGGAAUAAUCACCUAUUACAAUAAAUGUUGAAGUUUUCAAGUUUGACGACACUGACAUACAAAAGAAAAAAAAAGAAAGAAUAUAUAUAUAAAUAUCCUGACAUUUUAACAGUGACCUAUUUUUUUACAUUUAAGAUUGUUCCAAAACCAGAGGGGCACACUCACUUUUCAUUUGUUUUUAAUCUGAUGAUACAAACAUAAAAUUACCUAAGAUUUUAAUGCUCCUUUUUUUUAAAGGACACAUGCUGUUCAUUAAGAUACUUGCAUCCAGUAUUGAAGGAUUUUUUUUAUUAUUUUGCCCAAUAAAACUCCCCACUAAUGCUGUAAAAGUUA